AUGGAUUUCCCAUCAUCAGCCAAUACAAAUACGUUUGACUCUCAAUUUGAUAGGGCUUUGGAUAAUUUACAUAUCAAUAACAAGAGUGAUAACAGCAAUAGUAAUAGUAACACAUGGCAAGAAGAUAAUCUGUAUCAGGAAAAUUUCGAGAUUCAAUCAUUGUCCAAGAGAAUGUCGAAUAAUUUAGAUUCACAUCCACUUUUAAAUGAGGGAACCACAAAUUACGUUCCUGUAGAUAAUAAUGGAUACAUUGCUAUGAAUCAAAGUUCAUCUUAUUCUAAACUUUUCAAUAGAAUACUAAAGUUUGUCCAGUCAAGGACUAAUGUAAGGUUGACUAAAUAUAGGUCUAUAAGUGAUGCGGAAGUUGAUAGGGUGCAAGAUUAUUCAGAGAGAGAGAUUCAUCCUGAUACAACACCAAUAUAUGAUAGAAAUAAAUAUCCUUCAAAUGAAAUUUCAAAUGCAAAAUAUAAUGCUUUCAACUUUUUACCUAUUUUAUUAUAUGAACAAUUUAAAUUUUUCUUCAAUUUAUAUUUCUUAUUGGUGGCAUUAUCCCAAAUUAUACCAGCGUUAAGAAUUGGUUAUCUCUCUUCAUAUAUCGUACCAUUGGCCUUUGUAUUAACUGUCACUAUGUUAAAAGAGGCAAUGGAUGAUAUUAGAAGGAGGAAAAGGGAUAAAGAAGCUAACAAUGAACUCUACCAAGUAUUGGCAAAAUCUUCACAGUUGGUACCAAGUAAAGACUUAAAAGUUGGUGACUUAGUUAAAUUGAAAAAAGGUGAACGAAUACCUGCAGAUUUAGUGUUAUUGCAAUCCUCAGAACCUUCAGGGGAAGCUUUUAUUAAAACAGAUCAAUUGGAUGGUGAGACUGAUUGGAAAUUAAGGGUAGCCAGUCAUUUAACACAAAAUUUAACCGAAGAUGAUUUGAUGAAUAAAAUAAGCAUAACAACCUCAGCUCCAGAAAAAUCAAUCGAUUCAUUUUUAGGUAAAGUUACUUAUAAAGGUGCUACUUCAAAUCCUUUAAAUGUUGAUAACACACUUUGGGCUAAUACUGUUUUAGCUUCUACAGGUACUUGCGUAGGAUGUGUUAUCUAUACUGGUAAAGAUACAAGACAAGCAAUGAAUACAACCAAACCAACAGUCAAAACAGGAUUAUUAGAGCUUGAAAUUAAUAGUAUUUCCAAAAUUUUGUGUAUAUCUGUGUUUGUUUUAUCCAUUUUUAUUGUAAUUUGUGCCGGCUUCAAAAAUAAUGAUUGGUACAUUGAUAUAAUGAGAUACUUAAUUUUAUUCUCUACUAUCAUCCCUGUUUCAUUGAGAGUUAAUUUGGAUUUAGCAAAAUCUGUUUAUGCAUAUCAAAUUGAACACGACGAUACUAUAAAAGAUACCAUUGUUCGUACAAGUACUAUUCCAGAAGAUCUUGGAAGAAUCGAAUAUAUUUUAACUGAUAAGACAGGUACCUUAACACAAAAUGAUAUGCAGUUGAAAAAACUGAAUUUGGGAUCUGUUUCAUACACUAGUGAAACUUUAGAUAUCGUUUCCAAUUAUAUUGAAACAUUAGUUGAAUCCUCUAAAAGCACUACAAACCCAACAAGUAGAUCAGCUGCAAGGAAGGAUGUAUCUGCUCGUGUAAAGGAUUUAGUUGUCACUUUAGCGAUUUGUCAUAAUGUUACACCCACUUUCGAAGACGAUGAAUUAACUUAUCAAGCUGCAUCACCAGAUGAAAUAGCCAUCGUGAAGUUUACUGAAUCAGUCGGUUUAUCUUUAUUCAAGAGAGAUCGUAACUCUAUUACACUUCUUCAUGAACAUUCAGGUGUGACCUUAAAUUACCAGAUAUUACAAGUAUUCCCUUUUAAUUCAGAUUCCAAACGUAUGGGUAUUAUUAUUCAUGAUCAACAGAAAGAUGAAUACUGGUUUUUACAAAAAGGUGCCGAUACAGUAAUGACAAAAAUAGUCGAAAGCACAGAAUGGUUAGAAGAAGAGACUGGCAAUAUGGCUAGAGAAGGUUUACGUACUUUAGUAAUAGGCCGAAAGAAACUUUCUAAUAAAGUAUACCAGCAAUUCAGAAAAGACUAUGAUCAUGCUAGUCUUGCAAUGGUAAAAAGAGAUGAGAAAAUGGCUAACACCAUUACCAAAUAUUUAGAACAUGAUUUAGAACUUCUUGGUCUAACAGGUGUUGAGGAUAAGUUACAAAGGAAUGUUAAGUCAUCGAUUGAGUUAUUAAGAAAUGCUGGCAUAAAAAUUUGGAUGCUUACUGGUGAUAAAGUUGAAACAGCACGCUGUGUUUCUAUUAGCGCAAAAUUAAUCAAUAGAGGACAGUAUGUUCAUGUAAUUACAAAAGUAAACAAACCAGAAGGCGCAUUAUCACAAUUAGAAUACUUAAAGAUAAAUCGUAAUUCAUGUUUGUUAAUUGAUGGUGAAUCUCUGGCGAUGUAUUUAAAAUAUUUCAAGACUGAAUUUUUUAAUGUCACUGUCAAUCUUCCAACGGUGAUUGCAUGUAGAUGUACUCCACAACAAAAAGCUGAUAUUGCAUUAUUGAUUCGUGAAAUGACUCAGAAAAGGGUAUGCUGUAUUGGUGAUGGUGGUAACGAUGUUAGUAUGAUACAAUGUGCAGAUGUUGGUGUCGGGAUUGUAGGGAAAGAAGGUAAACAGGCUUCUUUAGCCGCUGAUUUUUCAAUUACACAAUUUUGCUAUCUUACUGAGUUAUUACUAUGGCAUGGUAGAAACUCUUACAAGAGAUCUGCAAAAUUAGCCCAGUUUGUAAUGCACAGAGGGUUGAUCAUUGCAAUUUGUCAAGCAGUUUAUUCUAUAUGUUCUAAUUUCGAGCCUAUUGCUCUGUACAAGGGCUGGCUGAUGGUUGGUUAUGCAACUUGUUAUACUAUGGCUCCUGUCUUUUCUCUAACUUUAGAUCGUGAUAUCGAUGAAUCUUUGACCAAGAUAUACCCAGAAUUGUAUAAAGAUUUGACAGAAGGUAAAAGUUUAUCAUAUAAAACAUUCUUUACAUGGGUAACCUUAUCCCUAUUCCAAGGUACCGUGAUCCAGCUAUUUUCACAAACUUUCACAAGCAUAGAGCCUGUAGAUUUUGAAAAAAUGGUUUCCAUAAGUUUCGUUUGUUUAGUUAUUAAUGAAUUAAUUAUGGUGGCAUUAGAAAUUUACACUUGGCAUAGGGCAAUGGUAAUAUCAGAGAUUGUCACCUUUGCUUUCUUCAUUUUAUCAAUUCCAUUCUUGGGUGAAUACUUCGAUUUAAAAUACAUGAUAAGACCAUCAUAUUGGUUCAUAUUAAUUUUUAUUUUACUUUUCUCUAUUUUACCAGUUUGGGUUAUGAAAAGCAUUUAUAGACGUUUACAUCCUCCAAGUUACGCAAAAGUGCAACAAUUUUCACUUGUUUAA